AUUGGUCCAAUAAUCAAAUCAGAAGCACUGACAAAAUAUUUACCACUGGGCUCAGCUUUACCCAUCAGUGGUUGGGAGGGAUAAAAACAAAUGUGCCCAGCAGCAGAGGAGACCAACAACUAUUCCCUCCACUGCCAAGUACCAGCCUGUUACUCAAUGUGCGGUAAAGUAGAAAAAAAAUAUUAUUGAGAUAUUUUUGAAAAACCUAACUCGGCACAUAAUCUUGUAAAGUUUGGCCAAGUCAGUUAGUACAGAGAGGAAUGAGCUGUGCUGGACAUCAAUGCUAAGAACUGUUUCCACUUGUUACCCUCACUCCCGGAAACUUUCACUGAAGACUGUAUGUGAUUCACCCUGAUGGCUGACUGCAGUACAAUAGACCAUGUUUAAUCUCAAAGAUGUCAUUUUUUUGUCAUUUGAGGGAGUUGCAAUCACACUGAUGCAUGUUGAAGUGUUCUUUCUGUGAUUUGGUUUUAAUUAGUUACUCGAUGCUUUGAUGAUUGAUAGCUGAGACCGACCCGCAGGUGGUUAAGUGUUUGUAUCCCAGGACUUUGAUACUAUGGCUCCACACCACCAUCGCCUCUGUGCAGACAUAUUUUAACUUCAUUUACGUGUUUUUACAACAGGUGGACAUGGGGAUGCGUUGUGCUUCUUUAUACGGCCUUUAGUAUUUAUGUUCUGAGUUAGAUCAAUUGUGCUAACUUUAAUUUUGCCACCAAGAAAUCAGAAUGUCUUAGGUUUACACCUACAGUAAGUACUUGAGAAACGAGUUGUAUCCACAACAGUUUCAACUGUGCUUUGUGUUCAGUGCAAAUAAGCAAAUAUAUUGAACACGCUUAACCAAGAUGUUGGAUCUGAUGAGCAAUUUGGAUUAGAAUCAGCAUCUCAUCAUUAAAGUGGGAUGGCAUGCUAAAAUUUGCAUUUAGCCAUACAGCUUCACAGAGCUUUGUGCACUCCUUUCUGCUGCACAUAUACAGCAUUUUUGUGGCAUGCAAUAGAAAUAUGAAGUCCACCCACUAAUUAACAACAGCUUCUUCUAAUGCAACUGUCAUUGUGUUUUUCACUGUGGCUCAUCCUAUAGAACAAAUGGCCAAUGUUAUAAAGUUGUGGUUUUAAAACUUGACAAUACAAAGUUUAAUUUUGGUUGUUGUGUUUUUUCAUAGGUAACUGGGUAAAAAUGCUGUUUGGGCCUCAUUAAAGCUGCAGUUGACUACUGGAACUAAAGACAUCCCAACCGCAUCCACUAAUUUUGACUGUGCCAUUGGUUUCAUAUUAUGCAGCUCUAAAAAAUAUUACGGUGACACAUCCUGUAGUUGCGAUGGAUGAGGCCCACAGUUCAGAGGUCAAGUUCAGGCUGAACAAGGCUCCAGCUCAUCCUACGUCCAUCACCACAGCCAGAGGACAGUGGUCGAGUAAAAUUGAGUUCCUCUUGGCUGUUGCAGGACAAAUCAUUGGCCUGGGAAAUGUUUGGAGAUUUCCUUACCUGUGCUACAAAAAUGGCGGAGGUGUGUUCUUCAUCCCGUAUAUACUCUUCUUUAUUACCUGUGGCAUCCCCCUGUUUCUGCUGGAGACCUCUCUUGGCCAGUACACCAAACAGGGGGGUAUUACCUGCUGGAAGAAAAUCUGUCCCCUGUUUGAAGGGAUAGGUUAUGGCAGUCAUAUAGUUGUUUUGUACUCUAGCAUUUAUUACAUCGUCAUCCUGGCGUGGGCCUUCCUCUAUCUUUUCUCUUCCUUUAACUCUGAGCUUCCUUGGGCGAGUUGCAGAAACAUUUGGAACACAGAGACGUGUGUGGAGUUUGAUAGAAAAGCCGAUUCUUACAACUGGACUGUGCCAGAAAAUGCAACGUCACCUGUGAGAGAGUUUUGGGAGAGAAGAGUUUUGAAUCUCUCAGGAGACAUCAAUGAAUUGGGCAGCAUACGAUGGGAGUUAGCUCUGUGCCUUCUGUUGUCCUGGAUCAUCUGUUACUUCUGCAUCUGGAAGGGAGUGAAGUCCACGGGGAAGGUGGUUUACUUCACUGCUACGUUUCCAUAUUUGAUGAUGAUAGCGUUGCUCAUUCGUGGAGUCACGUUGCCUGGGGCCUUAGACGGGAUCAAAUACUACCUUUACCCAGAUCCUUCCCGCCUCGCUGAUCCACAGGUGUGGAUGGAUGCUGGCACGCAGAUAUUUUAUUCCUAUGCUAUUUGCAUCGGAUGUCUAAUUGCACUUGGCAGUUAUAAUAAGUACGACAAUAACUGCUACAAGGACUGUGUAUAUUUGUGCCUUCUGAACAGUGGGACCAGUUUUGUUGCAGGCUUUGCAAUCUUCUCUGCACUUGGAUUCAUGGCAUAUGAGCAAAACACACACAUAUCACUAGUGGCAGAGUCAGGUCCUGGCCUAGCGUUCAUUGCCUAUCCUCGAGCAGUUGCUAUGAUGCCUUUUCCUCAGCUCUGGGCAUUUUUCUUUUUCAUAAUGAUCAUCCUCCUGGGUCUGGACAGUGAGUUCGUAGGUCUGGAAGCGCUCGUCACAGGAAUUUCCGACAUAAAUCCGGCCUUUUUCCACGUUGGUCACCGACGCAAACUUCUUCUGCUUGCUAUCAGUGUUGUCAGUUUCUUGAUUGGCCUUGUGAUGGUGACAGACGGUGGACUGUACAUCUUCCAGUUGUUUGACUACUAUGCCUGCAGUGGGAUGACUCUGCUCCUCUUUGCCAUAUUGCAGUCUGUCACUGUUGGAUGGGUGUAUGGUGCAGACCGUUUUUUUGGAAACAUUGAGGACAUGAUUGGAUACAAGCCUCUGCCUCUGAUUAAGUACUGUUUGAAAUAUGUCACUCCAGUAGUCUGCCUGGGAACAUUUAUUUUCUCUUUAAUCAAAUACACUCCUUUGAAGUUCAACAACACCACCGAGUAUCCAUGGUGGGGUUAUGCUCUUGGCUGGUGGUUCACUCUCUCCUCUACACUCAUGGUUCCCAUCUGGAUGGUGUACAAUCUGUGCACAACUCCUGGUACACUACGACAGAGGAUCUCCAUCUUGUGUACUCCAGCUGACGACCUUCCUCUGUCCAUCUCAGAGAAAAAAGCUCUGGAACUGCUCGACUUGAGUUCCCCUCCUGACAGCGUUAUGUCCUAGUGAGAAGAGACAAACUGGAGCAGCUUCAAUCAACACUUUGAGAUUUAAGGGAAGGUUCCUCCUCUUUUUUCCUACUGAGAUCUUUACAUCUAUUCAUUUAGCAGAGAAGGCUGCAGAACAAAGUUCUGUCCUCUUCCUGAAGGGGCCAGCAGGACGUCCCAAGGUGAUGUUUCUGACAAGAGUACUGCCACUGCUCAGACAGGAAACAUAUGCAAUCACAAGUUUGUAUUCUUGUUAAUCAUUGUUACAUUAUUCUUAUUCUUAUAUUAGUAAGAUGGUCAGAAACAGAUAUCAGUGGUGGCAAAGGCCAAAAGACACACCCAUGUCCAAGUAUCACCCACAACAAGACACGCCCCUUUCAAGUAACGCUAUGAUGUAAUUGGAUGUUAACCCACUAAUUAGUGCGUGUUGAUGCUGUACGUCAGCAAGCUGUGAAUGAAAUACUGCGCCAGGCAAUAUAUGUAAAGAAGGAAGCUGUGGUGUGUUCGGAUAAAAACAUUUUAUAUUUACAUAAAUUUACAUCAAAAUUUAUAUAUAUGAUAUAUGUGAAGUACAACAAGGUCACUUACAUGAACUGAAUUGGUUUUGUGUUGGGAAAUAAUUAAUUGUCUUAAGGAACUGUAAAAUCCCCCAGGUGUCAAGGAUGGAUUUGAGGAAAAUCCAAUAGCGAGACCCUGGCUACAUCCUCUUUUCAUUUUCCUAUAGCAGUGGAACAAUACUAUACACUAAAUAGACAAAUCAAUUUAUAAGAUAAAAAUAGUUGAGUUAGGUGAAGAUGCACCGUUUACACAUUAGUAGCUUAUGAAAAGAGUGAAAUAAUAAAAUAUUACUGUUUUGUUAGUUUUAUGAAUAUAAUAAUGUUUUAAAUGGUAGAGUAUUAUUAGUGACUAAUGUAUGUAAUGCAGUCUGGUCUUCUGAGAGAUAUAUAUGGAAACCAUAUUGGCGUAGGGUCCAGCUGCCAAUGCAGUGUCUACAUACAGUGCCUUGCAUAAGUAUUCACCCCCCUUGGACUUUUUCCCAUUAUGUACUGUUACUAACUGGAAUUCAAAUAGACUUAAAUAAACUUUUUCCCGUUUGAUCAACAAAACAUGCAUAGUACUUUGGAGGUGCAAAAUAAAUUUUAUUGUGACACAAACAAUAAUGAGAACAAAAAAAGUUGACAUCUGUUGGGUGCAUAAGUAUUCACCCCCCUGUGUCAAUACUUGGUAGAACCCCCUUUCGCUGCAAUUACAGCUGCAAGUCUUUUGGGGUAUGUCUCUACCAGCUUUGCACAUCUAGAGAUGGAAAGGUUUGUCCAUUCUUCUGGGCAAAAAAGAUGAAGCUCAGUCAGAUUGGAUGGAGACCGUCUGUGAACCGCAAUCUUCAAGUCUUGCCAUAGAUUCUCUAUUGGAUUGAGGUCUGGGCUUUGACUGGGCCAUUUUAAGACAUUAACAUUCUUUAAUCCAAACCAUUCCUUUGUAGCUCUGGCUGUAUGUUUAGGGUCAUUGUCCUGCUGGAAGAUGAACCUCCGCCCCAGUCUCAAGUCUUUUGCAGACUGCAUCAGAUUUUCUUCAAGGAUUUCCCUGUAUUUGGCUCCAUCCAUCUUUCCCUCUAUUCUGACCAGUUUCCCUGUACCUGCUGAAGAGAAGCAUCCCCACAGCAUGAUGCUACCACCACCAUGUUUCACUGUUGGGAUGGUGUGCUCAGGGUGAUGGGCAGUGUUGGGUUUUCGCCACACAUAGCGUUUUGCAUUGAGGCCAAAAAGUUCAAUUUUGGUCUCAUCUGACCAGAGCACCUUGUUCCACAUGUUUGCUGUGUCUCCCACAUGGCUUCUGGCAAACUCCAAACGGGAUUUUUUAUGGAUCCCUUUCAACAAUGGCUUUCUUCUUGCCACUCUUCCAUAAAGGCCAGAUUUGUGGAGUAGACGACUAAUAGUUGUCCUGUGGACAGAUUCUCCCACCUCAGCUGUGGAUCUCUGCAACUCCUCCAGAGUAACCAUGGGCCUCCUGGUUGCUUCUCUGAUUAAUUUUCUCCUUGUCCGACUCUUCAGUUUGGGUGGACGGCCUCCUCUUGGUAGGUUUGCGGUUGUGCCAUAUUCUUUCCAUUUUCUUAUGAUGGAUUUUAUGGUGCUCAGAGAGAUGUUCAAAGCUCUGGAUAUUUUUUUAUAACCUAACCCUGCUUCAUAUUUCUCCACAACUUUAUCCCUGACCUGUUUGGUGAGCUCCUUGGUCUUCAUGAUGCUGUUUGUUCAGUAAUGAUCUCCAACAAACUCUGAGUCCGUCACAGAACAGGUGUAUUUAUACUGAGAUUAAAUUGCAGACAGGUGGACCCUAUUUACUAAUUAUGUGACUUGCAAAUGUGACUUGUGAAUGCAAUUGGUCGCACCAGAUCUUUGUUAGGGGUUUCACAGUAAAGGGGGUGAAUACAUAUGCACUCAACACUUUUCAGAUUUUUAUUUGUAAAUAAUUGUGAAAUCCAUGUAAUAUUUCCCCCCACUUCCAAAUGAUGCACUAUUUUGUGUUGGUCCAUUACAUAAACUCACGAUGAAAUAAAUUUUAAUCUGUGGUCAUACCAUGACAAAAUGUAGAAAAGUCCAAAGGGGGUGAAUACUUAUGCAAGGCACUGUAUACACACAUACUGCAAUUCCUGUAGUUCUUUUGUAUGAUUCAGAAACGUAGCAGACAUUCCCUCUGGGUCGCAGUCUGGAGACAGAGCCUUUGUGAUCAAAGCAGCGAGGUUAGCUGCUGUGAUGGUGCCUCAUUAAAAAAGCUCCUACUGUCACUGCAGAAAGGAACUCGAACCCUGGGCCGUCAGCAAAGGAAGUCGCUCCCUGUGAAACUUGAGAAACGGAAAAUCAACAGGAUUGGAGUCGACAUGUAGGGCUCACCCACCCAAGCACAGCCUGAGACAGUGGAUCAUAUUUACUGCUGGUGCCUUAACAUAACAGUAUCCACAAGUUGGCAGUAAAUGUCAGCCAGCUAGCGUUAAUGUAGUCUUGUGUAGCCAGAACCUUUCUUCAUACACAUGUACAGAUCAAACAUAAAACAAGACAGAUGAUUGCACACUUCACUUUUUAGCUGUUGAUUUACUGCUGCAUUUGAAUCUGGGCUCAUUCCAAAACUUUACCCGCUAAUUCAUAUUUUUUGUGUCACCAAUAUUUUGUAAACGUCACAUUUUUGUAACAUUUAUGGCAAACGUUGAUCCUUAAAUCCAUUUUUUUUUUAUUUCCUACACUGAAAAUGGUUGAUAAUGAGUGGGCUCGUGAUGAUGGAAGGAACCAAAUGUAAUAGAGAAACUCAGUGUUGGCGAUAACAGUCAGAACCACAGAGAUUAUAUUUUUAACAAGAGUUAAACAGAUUGUAUUUUUACCUUAGUUUUGAGCUUGCUUAAUUCUACUUUUUAUACAGAAUACUCAUUGAUGAAUUUUACAAGUUAAUGUUUGUAUAAUUUGUAUAGUAAACAGCAUGUCAUUGUUGAAAUAUGUGCCAAUAGUUUGCUGUGUAACACAAAGAUGCUCUAAUGUGACAUUAAGGAUCAAUCAAUAUAAUAUUUGAAUGUAUCCCUUACAGAAAUGUUUCUGCACUCUAUUAGAUUUUUUUUCUAUUUUUAACUUGAACAACCAGUUGUUGUUUUCAAUGUAAAAAAUCUUUGUGUGACUGACAAAUCAUUGGAUUGGUAGAUAAUUGGGCAUUAAUUAUGGGAUAUAAGGCGUAAUAAACAUUGUACUGUAAGCACAAUAAGUAUUUUCCGUGGAUGGGGCAAUCAGAUAUUGAUGUAAGUAUUACAGGCUUCAUUAACCUGGCAGAUUAUCAUCAUGGAUUUAUUUUCACCUAUCUGAUCAAACUGAAUGCUAGCAACAUGGUGAUGAAAUCAAAUAGUAAUUCAGGUCAAAUAACAUUAUCACAUUACUUUUUUUUAAUGAAUUCAUUAAUGUUAGGAUAACAGUUUGUUGUUUCUUGGGAGAAAGGUUGUUUCAUGAUAAAUUUGUAUGUAUAAAAUUGUUAAAAAAUAAAAUGUUGACUAAUAUUUACAAUAA